AUGGACGAUCCAGCUUUCCAAGUCGAAACCGACCUGCAAACGCAAAGCUUGCUCCUAGCUGCCGCAAACCACGAUGUGCGCGCUCUGCGGGACCUUCUCCGCAAUACCUCCGCGAACGUGCAAGACACUGAGACUGGAUUCACGCCUCUUCAUGCUGCGAUUGCGGCUUGCGAACCCAACGAACCUGUGCCCCCACUUGUGCCUUCGAAACAGGUCAACGGACAUACAAAUGGAGAGACUACCAACGGAGAAAUUGCACAAGAAAAUAGCGCGGACCAGAGGCAAGAGUUGGAGAUGGCAGAGAAGACAAUCCGGCUCUUGUUUCUGAACGGAGCAAUCUGGAAUGACUUAGAUAGCAAUGGCGAGACGCCAGGCUGUAUAGCGCUUAGAUUGGGGCUGAAGGAGCUCUAUGAACUAUGUGUGGAUGCCGGCGUGAGGGCGGAAUUGUUGCUGAGCCGAUUGGAUGAGUAUCAGCGUUUGGGAGAUACCGAUUCGGAAGAAGGCGGGGGUGAAGUAGCUGAGGAAACUAAUGAAGGGGCUGAGAGAGAGGACCUCAAUGUUGAGGAGGGAGGACAUACCGCCCAGGAAGCAGCAGACGAAUCUACCCAGAACCCGAAUUACCUCUCUUCAAUUUUGACAUUCGACCGUAACAGGAUACUUGAUAGGUCUGAUAACGGUGUAAUGAUGGAAUGGGAGACCACACUCAUGCGCCGAUCUGCAGAGCUCUUACUUCCUUCAGCUAGCUUACGAGUCUUAAAUGUUGGGCAUGGGAUGGGCAUUAUCGACAGCAUCUUCCAGGAUAACAGUCCGAGCUCCCAUCACAUCAUUGAGGCUCAUCCAGAUAUCCUGAAGAGGAUCAAAGAGCAUGGUUGGUACGAUAAACCUGGUGUCGUCGUUCACGAGGGGCGAUGGCAGGAUGUCUUGCCCGGUUUGGUGGAGAAAGGAGAGCUGUUUGACGCCAUCUAUUUCGACACCUUCGCCGAAGAAUACAAGGCGCUUCGGGAGUUCUUCACUGAAUACGUAAUCGGAUUACUGGAUCCAGCAGGAGGUGUGGAUAGAGAAGGUGGGAAAUUCGGAUUCUUCAAUGGAAUGGGGGCGGAUCGGCAGGUCUGCUACGAUCUAACAAAUGAGCAGAUCGUGGAAAUGGAUCUCUUUGAAGCCGGCUUUGACACGGAAUGGGAAACUAUCCCAAUCCCAAAUCUUGACUCUGAAGGCAAAUGGGAAGGUGUGAGGAGGAAAUAUUGGGUUCUUGACAAGUACAAAUUGCCGACAUGCAGCUUCAUUGGCUGA